UGUGUGUGUGUGUGUGUGUGUGUGUGUGUGUGUGUGUGUGUGUGUGUGUCUUUGUCACAUGGUGGGAACCACCUGCAGACAGCACAGUCACAUCGUGGAAACCAAAAUCUUAGUGGGAACCAAAAUGCUUGUCCCCACCAGGGUGAGCACUGAAUCCAUGGAAAAGAAGGCCACAGGGAUGCCCUGUCAACUUUUCAGGGGUUUCCCCACAAUGCAUGAAAAACCGGUUUUGUGUGCUUAAGUGUGCUUAGCUUGGUUAACUCAGUACUGCCACCUACUGGUAGGAUCUCAUGAGUAAGACACACACACUUUAUACACACUUGGCACAUCUGCGCAUGUGCAAGCAGCUCAGUCUGCUAAUUAAGUAUGCUAAUCAGCCACUAGCUUUCUGCUGACAGGUGGAAUUUUAACACUUUUCCUGGAUGCGCUAAUAGAGGAGGUAACUACACGGAGACAUUUUUCGGCAUUUGACAGCUCUGUUUUCAGCUGAAGACGUGGCGGAGUGGCUCUAACAGAAAGGUAAAUACUUCCAUGAUGACUUUAAAAUUUAUUUCAGUGAGACAGUUUGAUUUUUUGAUAUUUUUGUACUGUUAAAAGCCCACAUUUAAUAACCGAUAUGUCAAACUUGAUGAUUUCUCACAAUAACAGGGGUAGUUGUGUUUUAAAAAAGACAAACAGCAGCUUCAACAGGUUGCAUUUGGUCAUAGAGCAAAAUCCUAAGGGUUGCGGUAGAGCCACUGACGCUAGCCGAGCGGCUAGCGCUAGCUAAUAGGCUAAUACACGAGUCUGGGGCAGCAGUGCACGUGUCAGGUGAGAUGCGCAUGUGCUGCGCUGAACAGCAGUGCUGUGAUGGCCGCUGUGAGUUGACCGUGACUGACCGUGACUAACCGUGACUACUGUGAGUAUCCUGUUUAGUUUGACUUUAGUUUCCUCUUGUUUAGAGCAUCAUGUAACUACUCAGAAGCUGAAAAUUCAGCACAGAUGGCAGUAGGGACAGGGGAUACAUAGAGCAAAAGCUUUAGAGUUGAGAUUAAGCUACCGACAUUAGCCGAGCGGCUAGCGCUAGCUAAUAGGCUAACACACGAGUCUGGGCCAGCUGUGCGUCACGCUACGUGAGCUGCGCGCGUGCACGUGACGUGCACGUGAAAUGCGCUGAACAGAUGUGCUGUGAGCUGACCAUGACUGCUGUGAGUAUCCUGUUUAGUUUGACUUUAGUUUGCUCUUGUUUAGAGCAUCAUGCAUCUAACCAGAAGCUGAAAAUUCAGCGCAGAUGGCAGUAGAGACAGGUGAUACAUAGAGCAAAAUCUUGAGAGUUGAGAGAGAGCUACCUGACGUUAGCAGAGCAGCUAGCGCCAGCUAAUUGAGCGUAUAUGACCAUAACAACAUGUUGGCAGAGCUAAAUAUUGCCAUUCAUGAGUUUCCACCCAUAACAAAUUCGUUAAUAUAAUGUAAACACAUAUGUAUAAAAUAUGUGCAAGCCCUUUAUUUUGCACAAUACAUUCAUUAUUAGCAUUUAUAGUUGUAAUUCAGUCGAUAAAGUACUUAUUUUAUAUAGCCUGAUUUGGUAUUGUGUGGUGGAAGAGAGAUGGGGUAUUGUUUAAGGUCCAGAAUGCUGCUAUUUUUUUCCCAACUUAGAUUUGAGAAUGUUGAAUGGUUAAUUUUCUGACUGAAUUACCUUGAGUUUAAAAUCAGAAGUGCUAUCCUCACACAUUAUGUGGUAUAUAUUUGGCUGUCUAACAUAACCCAAGACAUGUUUAUCAAAUGUAAAAUUUAUUGGGAUAUCUUGUAAUAUUAUAAUUGUUUUGUGAUUACUGACAGGAUUUCCAAUGGCUGCGAGGAGGAGGAGGGGGAAACCUCCAUUACAGGAUGCUAUAGAAAAUGCUAUCAAGGCACAGGACAAGAUAGCAGAAUUAGAAGUGAAGUACAUCAAUUCCUUUAAAGGUACUCUGUUUGUGUUGUUCUUUCAGAGUCUAAAAUUAGAACCAGCCACCUGCAAUAGGCAGGUAGAUGAUCACUUGUGUAAAACAAACUCUUUUUGUCUUGCGGUAUGAAUCCAGCAUACCUUAAUGUGGUGCGCUUGCACCCCUCCUAUCUGUGGUCAGUGUUUCUGACUGGCAGCCUAGCAUGACUUCAUCAGACUGAAUUAUCGCUGAUAUUUGCUGAGCUAAAAUUGUCUUCAUGUCAGGUCCAAGACAAUGAAUUGACAGUUUGCAUUGUCUAUAUGUAAUAAUGUAAUGUGUUUGAACAGGUCGAGGGGUGUUUGCCAGAACCCAUUUUAGUAAAGGCGACUUUGUGGUGGAGUACAGAGGACAACUAAUAACAUCUGAUGAAUCAGCAAGGAGGAGGAGGACCUAUCACAGAUCAUGUGCCGUUUUCAUGUUUGAUUUCCGCUGGAAAGAAAAGACAUGGUGGUAAGGCUUUGAUUGAUUAUGACAUUUCUGCACAGUUGAGUUUUUUCAAUGCACAAACAAAUUUGAUAAUAUAUAUAUAUUUUAAAUUAGCAUCUACAACCAUUAGUAAUUAGAGUAAUGGCAAAUUAUAUCAGGUAAUUAAAUUACUAUUUAAAUAUUAUCAAGCAUAAUCAGUCAUUUUGUUAUUUUGUGAAGUAUUGAUGCAUCUCAAGAAGAUGACAGCCUUGGACGAUUAGUCAAUGAUGACAACAGACAUCCCAACUGCAAAAUGAAGAAGAUCGUAGCAGAGGGCAAACCCUACCUCUGUUUAUUUGCUCUGAGGGACAUUCAUCCAGGAGAAGAAAUCGUAUAUAACUAUGGUGACAGUGAUUGGCCAUGGAGGAAGCAGGUUUGUAAUAAAUGUUGGUCAGUAAUCGAGUGAAGAAAGUCUAAAGGUGUGUUCACCUGCGACUACGACAAGUUGCAAUCCCACAAUUCCGAUGAUUUUCACACGUUUUCUUCUCUGCAAAUCGCCAAAACGUCUGACCUGCAUCAGGCCUCUGUGGAUGACGUUUGCAGAAAAAAAGAGUGUGAAAAUCAAUGAAGUAUUCAGUGAAUUAUGAUUGAUUUAAUGCUCUGAGACUUGAUUGUCCCGUCAAACAGUGGUAAAUGGGGCGUACACCUCACCAAGACGGCGGCCGUAUUUGACGCUCUGCUGCUCCCCAUGCUGCGUCUAGCUUACAUAUGUCUAUGACCAGCACGAGGGAAUUGUGGGAAUGCAGCUUGUCGUAGUCGCAGAGUGGCAUCUGCUGUGAACACACCUUCAUGAUUGCAAAUAAUGACUUUUUGUCAACUCUUAACAGCCACUGCAGUGUUACAGCAGGAUACAUACAUGUCACAUCAACAAUAGCAAAGUUGUACCUUUGCAAAAAAAAAAAAAAAGCAAGAAGCAUAGAAAUAUUGAAAUGUUCACAAGUUUCUUCACUUUUCCUUAGGCUUUUUCUCAUGGUUUAGUGUGAUAAAUGUGUUGUUGAUGAGCUUCACAUUAAUUUUGAAUCCUUAUUUCAGACAUGUGCUGAGAUGUCCUCUGACACCGAAGUCUCCAGAACAGCAGAGAAGACUGCAGAGAGACAACUGUCCACCACCAUGCAGGUAAGAAUCAACUGUAUUUUUAACUUUGAAUAAGAUGUUAAUGGUGUCACAAUUUAGAUUUUUUAUUGAAAUCAAUCAAAUCGAUGUCAUGGUCUCGAAAAUCAAAAUCAAAGAGAGACUCGGUAAUCCUGAAGCAAAUGAUGAAAGCACACAUUGUACCCCAAUUUCUUGUAUGUAACACACAUUUUCUCCCCUAAAAUAAGGUCUAAUGUUAAGGUCUAGAGAAGAAUGGCAAAGUGACAAACCACUUAGUUUUUUAUGUUUAACUGUGAGGAUAUUGUUUCUUAAGGUUCUAAUUGUUCCAUUAUUUUGGACAUGACUGUUACAAUUAUUUAGUUCUCAUGUUGAGUAGUUCUGUAACCAAAAAGAGUCACUAGAUGGCAGCACCCCCUGUGAGUUCUCAUUCUUGUUGUUUUCACUUAAACAAGAUUGUUAUUUAAAUUAUUUAAAACUGACCAAUAGUGCCUGAUGUGAUAAAAACGUACACAAGAAUGAUGGAAAUUGCAUCACUUGUAUGUAGCUCAUCUAUUGAGAGAUGAUUUACUGUACAAAUGUAAUGAAUCAAACAAACGAUUGUAGACUAGACUAUUCCAAAAAAAGCAAAGGCCUCUGUGCUGUAAAGUAAGAAAAAGAAUUGAAAAUCGAAUUGGAUCGAGGAGUUGUUAAAUCGUGACACCCCCUACAGGUCGUUCCAUGUUUCUUUUUUGGUCAAAGAUGUGCAAAGUUGACUCUUGUGUAUACAGUUUGGUUUAGUUAAGGUCAGUGCUACUCUGAUGUUAAAUAUGUUGCCAAGCACAGUCAGGCUUCCUGAUUGAAUGGGGACCGUCCAAUCAUAUACUAUAGCUGCUAUGUUACACACUUGUCAGGUGCCUUAUUUGUGGGGACCACGUUAGCUAAGAAAUACUCUGCAUAUUCACUGACACUGACAUGACUUUUUCAUGUAUUAAGUUAACAAAACACCAAGUAAUACACGCGGCCUGUAACAUAGGCUAAGUUUGCGCUCUACAAUUCACAUCAGUCCUUGGCCACAGGUCAGUUCAACCCUGUCAUGCUUAAUAUUCACUUGUUUUCAGCUGUAAAAGUCACUGCAGGGUUAAAGCAGGAUACAUACAUGUCACAUCUGUCAUAGCCAUGUUGUACCUAUGAGAACCUUUGCAAAAAAAAAAAAAAGCAAGAAGCAUAGAAAUAUUGAAAGGUUCACAAGUUUCUUCACUUUUCCUUAGGCUUUUUCUCAUGGUUUGGUGUGAUAAAUGUGUUGUUGAUGAGCUUCACAUUAAUUUUGAAUCCUUAUUUCAGUCAUGUGCUGAGAUGUCCUCUGACACCGAAGUCUCCAGAACAGCAGAGAAGACUGCAGAGAGACAACCGUCCACCACCAUGCAGGUAAGAAUCAAUUGUAUUGCAAUAUGUUUUUUCUUUUUUAAUCCAAUAUUUGUAAAGUUGACUCUUGUGACGAGUUUGGUUUAGUUAAGAUCAGUGCUACUCUGACGUUAAAUGUGUUGCUUAUAGUCUGGUUUUCGUGAUAAAGUGGGGACCACCCAAUCAUAUACUAUGGCUGCUGUGUUACACACUUGUCAGGUGCCUUAUUUGUGGGGACCACGUUAGCUAAGAAAUACUCUGCAUAUUCACUGACACUGACAUGACUUUUUCAUGUAUUAAGUUAACAAAACACCAAGUAAUACACGCGGCCUGUAACAUAGUCUAAGUUUGCUCUGUACAAUUCACAUCAGUCCUUGGCCACAGGUCAGUUCAACCCUGUCAUCCUUAAUAUUCACUUGUUUUCAGCUGUAAAAGUCACUGCAGGGUUAUAGCAGGAUACAUACAUGUCACAUCUGUCAUAGCCAUGUUGUACCUAUGAGAAACAUAAGAUUUGGAGCCAGAUGCAUAGAAAUAUUGAAAGGUUGACAAGUUUCUUCACUUUUCUUUUGGCUUUUUCUCAUGGUUAAGUGUGAUAAAUGUGUUGUUGAUGAGCUUCAAAUUAAUUUUGAAUCCUUAUUUCAGUCAUGUGCUGAGAUGUCCUCUGACACCGAAGUCUCCAGAACAGCAGAGAAGACUGCAGAGAGACAACCGUCCACCACCAUGCAGGUAAGAAUCAAUUGUAUUGCAAUAUGUUUUUUCUUUUUUAAUCCAAUAUUUGUAAAGUUGACUCUUGUGACGAGUUUGGUUUAGUUAAGAUCAGUGCUACUCUGAUGUUAAAUAUGUUGCCAAGCAUAGUCUGGUUUUCGUGAUAAAGUGGGGACCACCCAAUCAUAUACUAUGGCUGCUGUGUUACACACUUGUCAGGUGCCUUAUUUGUGGGGACCACGUUAGCUAAGAAAUACUCUGCAUAUUCACUGACACUGACAUGACUUUUUCAUGUAUUAAGUUAACAAAACACCAAGUAAUACACGCGGCCUGUAACAUAGUCUAAGUUUGCUCUGUACAAUUCACAUCAGUCCUUGGCCACAGGUCAGUUCAACCCUGUCAUCCUUAAUAUUCACUUGUUUUCAGCUGUAAAAGUCACUGCAGGGUUAUAGCAGGAUACAUACAUGUCACAUCUGUCAUAGCCAUGUUGUACCUAUGAGAAACAUAAGAUUUGGAGCCAGAUGCAUAGAAAUAUUGAAAGGUUGACAAGUUUCUUCACUUUUCUUUUGGCUUUUUCUCAUGGUUUAGUGUGAUAAAUGUGUUGUUGAUGAGCUUCACAUUAAUUUUGAAUCCUUAUUUCAGUCAUGUGCUGAGAUGUCCUCUGACACCGAAGUCUCCAGAACAGCAGAGAAGACUGCAGAGAGACAACCGUCCACCACCAUGCAGGUAAGAAUCAAUUGUAUUGCAAUAUGUUUUUUCUUUUUUAAUCCAAUAUUUGUAAAGUUGACUCUUGUGACGAGUUUGGUUUAGUUAAGAUCAGUGCUACUCUGAUGUUAAAUAUGUUGCCAAGCAUAGUCUGGUUUUCGUGAUAAAGUGGGGACCACCCAAUCAUAUACUAUGGCUGCUGUGUUACACACCUGUCAGGUGCCUUAUUUGUGGGGACCACGUUAGCUAAGAAAUACUCUGCAUAUUCACUGACACUGACAUGACUUUUUCAUGUAUUAAGUUAACAAAACACCAAGUAAUACACGCGGCCUGUAACAUAGUCUAAGUUUGCUCUGUACAAUUCACAUCAGUCCUUGGCCACAGGUCAGUUCAACCCUGUCAUCCUUAAUAUUCACUUGUUUUCAGCUGUAAAAGUCACUGCAGGGUUAUAGCAGGAUACAUACAUGUCACAUCUGUCAUAGCCAUGUUGUACCUAUGAGAAACAUAAGAUUUGGAGCCAGAUGCAUAGAAAUAUUGAAAGGUUCACAAGUUUCUUCACUUUUCUUUUGGCUUUUUCUCAUGGUUUGGUGUGAUAAAUGUGUUGUUGAUGAGCUUCACAUUAAUUUUGAAUCCUUAUUUCAGUCAUGUGCUGAGAUGUCCUCUGACACCGAAGUCUCCAGAACAGCAGAGAAGACUGCAGAGAGACAACCGUCCACCACCAUGCAGGUAAGAAUCAAUCGUAUUGCAAUAUGUUUUUUCUUUUUUAAUCCAAUAUUUGUAAAGUUGACUCUUGUGACGAGUUUGGUUUAGUUAAGAUCAGUGCUACUCUGAUGUUAAAUAUGUUGCCAAGCAUAGUCUGGUUUUCGUGAUAAAGUGGGGACCACCCAAUCAUAUACUAUGGCUGCUGUGUUACACACUUGUCAGGUGCCUUAUUUGUGGGGACCACGUUAGCUAAGAAAUACUCUGCAUAUUCACUGACACUGACAUGACUUUUUCAUGUAUUAAGUUAACAAAACACCAAGUAAUACACGCGGCCUGUAACAUAGUCUAAGUUUGCUCUGUACAAUUCACAUCAGUCCUUGGCCACAGGUCAGUUCAACCCUGUCAUCCUUAAUAUUCACUUGUUUUCAGCUGUAAAAGUCACUGCAGGGUUAUAGCAGGAUACAUACAUGUCACAUCUGUCAUAGCCAUGUUGUACCUAUGAGAAACAUAAGAUUUGGAGCCAGAUGCAUAGAAAUAUUGAAAGGUUGACAAGUUUCUUCACUUUUCUUUUGGCUUUUUCUCAUGGUUUAGUGUGAUAAAUGUGUUGUUGAUGAGCUUCACAUUAAUUUUGAAUCCUUAUUUCAGUCAUGUGCUGAGAUGUCCUCUGACACCGAAGUCUCCAGAACAGCAGAGAAGACUGCAGAGAGACAACCGUCCACCACCAUGCAGGUAAGAAUCAAUCGUAUUGCAAUAUGUUUUUUCUUUUUUAAUCCAAUAUUUGUAAAGUUGACUCUUGUGACGAGUUUGGUUUAGUUAAGAUCAGUGCUACUCUGAUGUUAAAUAUGUUGCCAAGCAUAGUCUGGUUUUCGUGAUAAAGUGGGGACCACCCAAUCAUAUACUAUGGCUGCUGUGUUACACACCUGUCAGGUGCCUUAUUUGUGGGGACCACGUUAGCUAAGAAAUACUCUGCAUAUUCACUGACACUGACAUGACUUUUUCAUGUAUUAAGUUAACAAAACACCAAGUAAUACACGCGGCCUGUAACAUAGUCUAAGUUUGCUCUGUACAAUUCACAUCAGUCCUUGGCCACAGGUCAGUUCAACCCUGUCAUCCUUAAUAUUCACUUGUUUUCAGCUGUAAAAGUCACUGCAGGGUUAUAGCAGGAUACAUACAUGUCACAUCUGUCAUAGCCAUGUUGUACCUAUGAGAAACAUAAGAUUUGGAGCCAGAUGCAUAGAAAUAUUGAAAGGUUCACAAGUUUCUUCACUUUUCUUUUGGCUUUUUCUCAUGGUUUGGUGUGAUAAAUGUGUUGUUGAUGAGCUUCACAUUAAUUUUGAAUCCUUAUUUCAGUCAUGUGCUGAGAUGUCCUCUGACACCGAAGUCUCCAGAACAGCAGAGAAGACUGCAGAGAGACAACCGUCCACCACCAUGCAGGUAAGAAUCAAUCGUAUUGCAAUAUGUUUUUUCUUUUUUAAUCCAAUAUUUGUAAAGUUGACUCUUGUGACGAGUUUGGUUUAGUUAAGAUCAGUGCUACUCUGAUGUUAAAUAUGUUGCCAAGCAUAGUCUGGUUUUCGUGAUAAAGUGGGGACCACCCAAUCAUAUACUAUGGCUGCUGUGUUACACACUUGUCAGGUGCCUUAUUUGUGGGGACCACGUUAGCUAAGAAAUACUCUGCAUAUUCACUGACACUGACAUGACUUUUUCAUGUAUUAAGUUAACAAAACACCAAGUAAUACACGCGGCCUGUAACAUAGUCUAAGUUUGCUCUGUACAAUUCACAUCAGUCCUUGGCCACAGGUCAGUUCAACCCUGUCAUCCUUAAUAUUCACUUGUUUUCAGCUGUAAAAGUCACUGCAGGGUUAUAGCAGGAUACAUACAUGUCACAUCUGUCAUAGCCAUGUUGUACCUAUGAGAAACAUAAGAUUUGGAGCCAGAUGCAUAGAAAUAUUGAAAGGUUGACAAGUUUCUUCACUUUUCUUUUGGCUUUUUCUCAUGGUUUGGUGUGAUAAAUGUGUUGUUGAUGAGCUUCACAUUAAUUUUGAAUCCUUAUUUCAGUCAUGUGCUGAGAUGUCCUCUGACACCGAAGUCUCCAGAACAGCAGAGAAGACUGCAGAGAGACAACCGUCCACCACCAUGCAGGUAAGAAUCAAUCGUAUUGCAAUAUGUUUUUUCUUUUUUGAUAAAUGUGUUGUUGAUGAGCUUCACAUUAAUUUUGAAUCCUUAUUUCAGUCAUGUGCUGAGAUGUCCUCUGACACCGAAGUCUCCAGAACAGCAGAGAAGACUGCAGAGAGACAACCGUCCACCACCAUGCAGGUAAGAAUCAAUCGUAUUGCAAUAUGUUUUUUCUUUUUUAAUCCAAUAUUUGUAAAGUUGACUCUUGUGACGAGUUUGGUUUAGUUAAGAUCAGUGCUACUCUGAUGUUAAAUAUGUUGCCAAGCAUAGUCUGGUUUUCGUGAUAAAGUGGGGACCACCCAAUCAUAUACUAUGGCUGCUGUGUUACACACCUGUCAGGUGCCUUAUUUGUGGGGACCACGUUAGCUAAGAAAUACUCUGCAUAUUCACUGACACUGACAUGACUUUUUCAUGUAUUAAGUUAACAAAACACCAAGUAAUACACGCGGCCUGUAACAUAGUCUAAGUUUGCUCUGUACAAUUCACAUCAGUCCUUGGCCACAGGUCAGUUCAACCCUGUCAUCCUUAAUAUUCACUUGUUUUCAGCUGUAAAAGUCACUGCAGGGUUAUAGCAGGAUACAUACAUGUCACAUCUGUCAUAGCCAUGUUGUACCUAUGAGAAACAUAAGAUUUGGAGCCAGAUGCAUAGAAAUAUUGAAAGGUUCACAAGUUUCUUCACUUUUCUUUUGGCUUUUUCUCAUGGUUUGGUGUGAUAAAUGUGUUGUUGAUGAGCUUCACAUUAAUUUUGAAUCCUUAUUUCAGUCAUGUGCUGAGAUGUCCUCUGACACCGAAGUCUCCAGAACAGCAGAGAAGACUGCAGAGAGACAACCGUCCACCACCAUGCAGGUAAGAAUCAAUCGUAUUGCAAUAUGUUUUUUCUUUUUUAAUCCAAUAUUUGUAAAGUUGACUCUUGUGACGAGUUUGGUUUAGUUAAGAUCAGUGCUACUCUGAUGUUAAAUAUGUUGCCAAGCAUAGUCUGGUUUUCGUGAUAAAGUGGGGACCACCCAAUCAUAUACUAUGGCUGCUGUGUUACACACUUGUCAGGUGCCUUAUUUGUGGGGACCACGUUAGCUAAGAAAUACUCUGCAUAUUCACUGACACUGACAUGACUUUUUCAUGUAUUAAGUUAACAAAACACCAAGUAAUACACGCGGCCUGUAACAUAGUCUAAGUUUGCUCUGUACAAUUCACAUCAGUCCUUGGCCACAGGUCAGUUCAACCCUGUCAUCCUUAAUAUUCACUUGUUUUCAGCUGUAAAAGUCACUGCAGGGUUAUAGCAGGAUACAUACAUGUCACAUCUGUCAUAGCCAUGUUGUACCUAUGAGAAACAUAAGAUUUGGAGCCAGAUGCAUAGAAAUAUUGAAAGGUUGACAAGUUUCUUCACUUUUCUUUUGGCUUUUUCUCAUGGUUUAGUGUGAUAAAUGUGUUGUUGAUGAGCUUCAAAUUAAUUUUGAAUCCUUAUUUCAGUCAUGUGCUGAGAUGUCCUCUGACACCGAAGUCUCCAGAACAGCAGAGAAGACUGCAGAGAGACAACCGUCCACCACCAUGCAGGUAAGAAUCAAUUGUAUUGCAAUAUGUUUUUUCUUUUUUAAUCCAAUAUUUGUAAAGUUGACUCUUGUGACGAGUUUGGUUUAGUUAAGAUCAGUGCUACUCUGAUGUUAAAUAUGUUGCCAAGCAUAGUCUGGUUUUCGUGAUAAAGUGGGGACCACCCAGUCAUGAACUAUGGCAGUUGUUCUACACAGCAGGUGUCAGGUGUCUUAAUUUUUGGAGGCACGUCAGCUAAUCAUACUGUACACAUUUACUGACACUGACACUACUUUUUCACGCAUUAUCCCAACAAAAAUCCAUGUCUUCAUGAUAAAUUUGUAGGCAGCAUAUUUUUGAUAAAUCUCAACCAUCUUGAACCUUGAAAGUAGUAACCCCAGAUGUCCACUGGAUGUGUAAAGCUGUUGUAGCAGUCUUUAAGAAAAGUCACUUUUUGCCCUGUAGGACUUGGAUGAAUCAGACUCUGAUCAUUCAGCAAACAGAACUGGAAUCAUCCCUUGCCUUGUUGACUACACCGAUUCUGAAGAAUCUCCCAGUCCACACACCAGCCCUUUACAGCUAAAUGAAAGCUGCGAGGUACUUUGAUGUUGAUAUUGUACUGGCAGGCAUUAGACAAAUUUGAUUGCUACAAACAGUUUUUUACUUUUUUAUUUUUUUUACAUCAUAGACAUGGAGUCUGUCCUCUGAGUCUGAACUUACCGUCACUGACCAAGACAAAGAGCCUGUUCCAAAAUUGAGGAGGACCAGGAGCAUACAGGUGUGCAACACACACAAUGGAGGGAAAUGUUGAUACAUAUAUUUAACAUUUUUAAAGCUAAAGUAUUUCCUUUAUGAAAUGUGUAUGCCAGAUGCUUAAGUGGCAUGUUGCCUGAAACUGAAUUUACCUUUUUUUUCUCUUAACUUGCUCCUGAAGAUGAAAGGUCGAGUUGACUUCGAUUUGGAUGAGCUUUAUGAUCACACCUCAGAUGACAGUGGAGAAGAGUAUAUUCCUGAGAGCGGUGAAGAUUCUUCUGAAGAUUCAGACCCUUGCAACAUUAAGACUGACCAGAAAAUAACAAAGCUCAGAUUUCCAAACUUCGAGAAGACGGCAGAUGUCAGAGAUGGAUGUCUCCCAAUGACAGAACCUAUCCAUGCCACUUUGAAUCUGGAGAGAGGGCGCUCAUCCUCAAGAAAAGAAGGCACCUCUGGUACAAGGCAAAGAAGAAGAUGUUCAAGCAGUGUGCCUUGCCCAGCAACACAAACAGGUACUGGCAACUUAUCAGAACAGAGUGGAGGGGGCAACUCUAGACAUAGAGUCCUGUUGGAUACUUCUGCACCUGAUCUGGAGCAAAAUCUACCUGACAGCACCUCUUCCCUGGGUGGAGUGACUGAUGAUUUACCUUCCAUACCUGCUGUUUGUAAGAAAGAGGAUGGAUCAAGAUUGUAUAACAAAAAGCAAUACUGUCUGUACUGUAAAUUAGGGGUUAUAAAAAUGGCAAGGCAUUUGGAGCGUGCUCAUCAAGACAUACCAGAUGUUGCAAGGGCUGUGUCCUUCCCAAAAGGCUCAAAAGAAAGACGGAUGCAUAUGGAACUCUUGAGAAACAAGGGAAACUUUGCACAUAAUGUUGAAGUAUUGAAUUCUGGUGUUGGAAUUCCUGUUCCACGCAAGCAACCGAAGGAUGAAUCUCAAGUGCAGAAGUUUCUGCAUUGUGCAUAUUGUCAGGGCUUCUAUACAAAGAAAGUCCUUUGGAGGCACAUGAAGAUCUGCAAAUUCAAACCUAGUAUUCCACUUAAACCUGGCAGAACACGUGUCCAAGCGCUUUGCGGAUUUGCUGCGCCUCCACCACCUGGAAUGAAGGAACAACUUUGGAAGCUCCUGAACAAAAUGGUUCAGGACGAAGUGUACUUUGCUGUCAAAUCUGAUCCAUGUAUCAUGGAGUAUGGUGAACAUUUAUUCAACAGGCUUGGGUAUGAUCCUGGCAAACAUGAAUACAUUCGCCAGAAAUUGAGAGAGUUGGGACGGCUUCUCAUAUGCUCAAGAAAAAACACUCCCUUGAAGAUGAUUCAAGAUCACAUCAAGCCUGCAAAUUUCAUGUAUGUUAUCGAGGCAGUGAAAGACAUUGCAGGCUACAAUGGUGAAACAGAUGCAUACAGGUGCCCCAGUCUGGCUCUCAAAGUUGGAUACAGCCUGAAAAAGAUUUCAAUGCUUGUUGAAAGCCGUGCAAAUGUACAAAGUGACUACAGUGCAGCAAAGGAUGCUCGUACAUUCCGCAGUGUGUAUGAAGCCAGGUGGAAUGAGCUGAUAUCAGCUGCAUCACUAAGAACCCUUCAGGAGUCCAAGUGGAAUACUCCUCAGCUGCUUCCAUUCACGAAAGAUGUUCAGACUCUCCAUUCCUUUUUAGAUGCACAGCAAGAAGAACUUUUCAGCCAGCUAUCCUCAGAGACGUCCCCCCAGACCUGGGCACAGCUGACAAAAGUCAUUUUGACUAAAGUCAUUUUGUUCAACCGUCGAAGAUCUGGGGAAGUGUCAAAAAUUCCAGUUUCUGCUUAUUUGUCACACAAUCCAUCAGACCCACAGGAGGAAGUGAAUUUAGCUCUCUCAGACCUAAAGAAGAAGCUCUGCCAGCAUUUCCGAAGGAUUGAAAUAAGAGGUAAAAGAGGGCGAAAAGUUCCUGUACUUUUGACCCCACCAGUGCAAGCAGCAUUGGAUCUGCUCAUCAGAAAAAGACAGGAAUGUGGGGUUCUCCCAGAGAACACAUACCUGUUUGCACGACCAACAACUCUUAUCUGCUAUCGUGGAUCUGACUGUUUGCGACACUUUGCCAAGGUCUGCGGCGCAAAAAACCCUGAAAGUCUGACUUCAACAAAAUUACGCAAACAAACUGGGACCCUGUCACAAGUCCUUAACCUCACAAACACAGAGCUUGAUCAACUAGCAGAUUUUCUUGGACAUGAUAUUAGAGUGCACAGACAGUUUUACAGACUUCCGGAGGGCACUCUACAACUGGCUAAAAUCAGCAAGGUUCUCAUGGCUCUGGAGCAGGGGUGUCUGGCAGAGUUCAAGGGGAAGUCCCUGGAUGACAUUUGUAUUGAUCCUGAAGGUACUAAAUAUUUAAUUGUUCUACAGAAUAAAAAAACAGUUGGUAUUUUUUGAGUGUGUGAGGAUCAAGUGAUGCAUUUUCCACUUAGUCAGUUUCCUUCCUCUCCUCUUUCAAUCGUCCACAGAGAAUGUACACCUAGACAGCGACCAGGAAAGAGACCCUGAGGCACCAUGUGACCCUGAAGCAGAUGAUGAGUCAGACUCACCAGGUAAGCCCCUCAGCCACAAUAUAAUCCUUAAAUGUGUCCAUUGUCACUAAUCCAUGGAUAACCACAAUUGUAUUGGCUAAUUUUGAGUUUAUUCUGAUAUUGAUAUUAUUAAAAUAUUGCUCAAAUAUGUAUGUAAGAAAUUUUAAUGAAGGCCAUGUUUGGAGAGUGGCACCAUUUUCAUAAGUUUGCCUGACAGUGGAUUUGAGGCAAAACCAUUAAGAUGUGAUUUAACCCUUAAAUGACCCUUGGACAUUUUUCAAUCAGUCAAUCUUUAUUUGUAUUGUGCCAAUUCAUAAAAAAUGUUAUCUCAAGACACUUUACAACAGAGCAGCUGAAGACAAACUCCUCAGACCGACUCUUCAUGAUAUGGAUACACAUAUAUGCAUAGAUAGUCAGAACUCUGAGAUUAAAUAGUCAGAAUUAUGUGGGGAAAAAGUCAAUUAUGAGAUUCUGAGCAUUAAAUCAGAAUUAGCAGAGAAAAAUGUCAAAAUUUUGAGAUUCUGAAGACCGAAUUCUGAGGAAAAUUCAGAAUUCUGUGAAAAAAAGUCUGAAUUCUGAGAUUCUUAGUUUCAAAGUUCAAAUUCUAUGAACAAAAGUCAGAAUUAAAGUUACAAUUCUGAUUUAAAACUCAGAACUGAUUUUUAUUAAUUAAUCCUCCGUCAUGUAGAUGGGAUAAAAAUUCUUGGGUUGGAUUUUCAUGCUGAAAGUUGGGAUUUUGACGUCAGACCUUCAAACAACCCCCCUUGCCAAAAAUCACAUGCCUGUAACCUUUUGUAGGACUCUCUCUAGAAAAUUGAAAAUUGUGUCUAUUGAAGGGUCAUUAAUGGGAUAAAAAUGCAUCACAGGGUCAAAUAAUGGAUUUUCAUGCUAAAAGUAUUUAUCAUCAAAUUUUUCCCCAAAGUACCCCCCCUUGCCGAAAGUCAGCUCCCUGUGACCAUUUAUAGGACACUUUAUUGAAAAUGGACAUUUUUGUCCACUUGAAGGGUCAUUAAUCAGAUAAAAAGGAAUUCUGGGACCAAAUAAUGGAUUUCCAUGCUGAAAGUUGGGUUUUUGAACAUUUUACCUAAAAUUACCCCCCCUUGCCAACCCCCCCCCCCCCCCCCCCAGUAUUUGUUGGACACUUUCUAGAAAAUUGACUUUUUUCUCGAUUGCAUUAAUGGGAUAAAAAUGAAUUAUGGGGGGUCAAGUGAUAGAGUUUUAUACAGAAAGUUGAUUUGGAUGAAAUUUCAUCCAGAAUGACCCCCUCAUCAAAAAAUGGGGGGGGGAAGGUGGAUAAUGGGAUAAAAUGAAUUUCAGGGUCAAUUAUUAGAUUUUCAUGCUAAAAGCUGGGAGUUUGGCAUUAGACCUAAAAUCAACCCACUUGCCAACCCCCCCUACAUUUUCAGAGUUUCAACUGUAAUUGGACAUACCAUCAGUUUAUAAAUAUAAGAAUUAAUUUUGAUGGUUAGUAGUCAAUGACUGCUUUAAGUCUGGAUCCCAGGAACAGAGGUGCUUAGGCAGGCUUUUACAGCAACCAUCUUCAACAUUUACUUGUUCGUAGGUCUUUCUACCUGUAAGGUUUGUUUUCAGUCAUGAAAAAUAUUCUUGAGGUCAGCUGACUGACUUGAUGAUCGUGCUGUGAUUAAAAAAUAUUGACACACAUUGGACUCUGCCAGAAGUCUGGAAACCUUCUGCAGUUUGAGUGGCUGCUGUGCAGCAAAAUUCAGUUUAUGCGCAAAGCAUUUUACAUGAGGGAACUGCCCAACUUUAGCUGCAUGUAUCAUUUUAGAAGUCCAGCUGUCCAUCACCAGCAUGACGUCUUUAUUUCUUAGAUGCCAGUAGCCCCACCAGAUUUGCACCUGUGUGACUCUCAUAAACAGCUCUCGUCGGCAUCACAUAAAAAAUCUGCUAGUCCUCGCUCAUAUAAUGUGAUAGACAUGUUUCCUUCAGAUACUUCAUACAUUAAAAGUGAAUGGACAUGGAUGGUUCACUGAGGAAUACAACUGCGUGGCAGUAAUUCCAUUUUUCCCCCCUCUGGCUUUCAGAGAAUGCAACCACAACAGAGGACAGUGAGACAAUUGGGCCAGAUGUGAGACACACAGUCAACAAUGCAGCACCACAGCAAGAUACUGUGACGACUCCACAGGCCAGAGAUCAUCAGAAACCUGUGAAACGGUUAAAAGGUAAACUUUUGUCAAAUUUAGAUUUCAAGAUUGGCUGAUUUCAAGAUCAAAAAUGAAAGGUAAUGAGAGCCACUUGUUUGUGUUGUGUGUUGAUGCACAGGACGACAACCUAGCAAGAGAAAGACGUGGGAGAAAGAGGAGAUUGCUGCUGUCGAAAGGCACAUGAUGUCCUUCAUCACAACAUGCCGUGUUCCAGGAAAAAGUGACUGUGAUAAGUGCCUUAGCGCAGAGAAGAACGCUCUUAGGGACAGAAAUUGGCUAGCCAUUAAAUUUUACAUCAAAAACCGCAUCACAGCCUUGAAGAGGACAAUGUAA